CACAUAUCCAGUGAGCGAAGCUUCCACUGAAGGCUUGGAAUCGUAGCCGGCUGGCGAAGGGAAUCCCGAACCCGUUCUUUUCCCCUCUCGUUGUUGAAAGAGGUGUUUUUAUGCAAAAGGUGGUUUAUUUCGACAAGCCAUGGAGGGUCUUGUCUGAAGAGGAUCCAACAUAAGCUAUUACGGUUUUUUUCCACGGUCUUUUUGGUGGGUUGUUUUAUUUAUUAAAAAAUUCCCUGGUAAGUGUUGUACUUUCAUCAAGCAGUCAUGGCCGAAAAGGCUGGUUCUGGUGCACCGAAGAGCGGCCCCCGGGCCCCAGGCUCCCUUCCACCAGAACCCAUCGAGAUCAUCCGGACCAAAGCCCGCUCCAGAAGGGUCCGCAUCAACGUGGGCGGGCUGAACCAUGAGGUGCUGUGGAGGACUCUAGACAGGCUCCCACGGACCAGGCUGGGGAAACUCAGAGACUGCAACACCCAUGAAUCCUUAAUGGAGGUCUGUGAUGACUACAGCCUGAACGAGAACGAGUACUUCUUCGACAGGCACCCGGGGGCGUUCACCUCCAUCUUGAAUUUUUACCGAACGGGGAAGCUGCACAUGAUGGAGGAGAUGUGUGCCCUCUCUUUUGGUCAGGAGCUUGACUACUGGGGCAUAGAUGAGAUCUACCUGGAGUCGUGCUGCCAGGCCCGGUACCACCAGAAGAAGGAGCAGAUGAAUGAGGAGCUGAGGAGGGAGGCAGAGACUCUGAGAGAGAGGGAGGGGGAGGGGGAAUUUGAUAACACCUGCUGCCCAGACAAAAGGAAAAAGCUCUGGGACCUGCUGGAGAAGCCCAGCUCCUCUGUCGCUGCCAAGGUGUUGGCCAUCAUAUCCAUCCUGUUCAUUGUCCUCUCUACGAUUGCAUUGUCACUGAAUACUUUGCCUGAACUACAAGUGAUAGAUGAGUUUGGCCAGGCCAAUGACAAUCCCCAGCUAGCGCACGUUGAAGCCGUGUGCAUCGCCUGGUUCACAAUGGAGUACCUCCUGCGCUUCCUGUCCUCGCCCAACAAGUGGAAGUUCUUCAAAGGUCCUCUGAAUGUCAUUGACUUGCUGGCUAUAUUGCCGUAUUAUGUCACCAUAUUUCUGACUGAGUCAAACAAAAGUGUUCUGCAGUUUCAGAACGUGAGGCGAGUGGUACAAAUAUUCCGAAUCAUGAGAAUAUUGAGGAUUCUCAAACUGGCCAGACAUUCCACUGGACUGCAGUCCCUAGGGUUUACACUUAGACGGAGCUACAAUGAACUAGGUCUGCUGAUAUUGUUCCUAGCCAUGGGGAUCAUGAUAUUUUCAAGCUUGGUAUUUUUUGCAGAAAAAGAUGAAGAUGCCACAAAAUUUACUAGCAUUCCCGCUUCUUUCUGGUGGGCCACCAUUACUAUGACAACAGUAGGUUAUGGUGAUAUUUAUCCGCAAACGCUGCUGGGCAAGAUAGUUGGGGGACUAUGCUGCAUCGCAGGAGUGUUGGUCAUAGCCUUGCCUAUCCCCAUCAUUGUGAACAACUUCUCCGAGUUCUACAAGGAGCAGAAGCGGCAGGAGAAAGCUAUCAAGAGGCGAGAGGCCUUGGAGCGUGCAAAGAGGAACGGGAGUAUCGUGUCCAUGAAUCUGAAAGACGCCUUUGCUCGGAGCAUGGAACUAAUGGACGUCGUAGUGGACAAAGGUGAAGAUAAGCGUUCCCUGGAUAACCACCUUUCGCCCUCCCGGUGGGGUGUGCCUGCACGCACUCUGUCUGAUGCCAGCUUGAGGUCCUUUGAUAAAAAAUAUGAAGAAGUUGUUCAGCUGGGAUCUCAAGAACACAUCGGCAAUCGCAGCGCCAGCCCGCAGCACCUGAACGCCCGGAAGCUGGAGGAAAUGUACAACCAGAUGACUAAGUCUCAGUCCUUCACAAAUAUCACCACAUCGGUGGGGAUGCAGCCCGAACCAGUGCAGGAAGUGGAACUGGAAAUGAAGCAGGUCCCACUCUCUUCAGAACCUCUGCUGAAGGAGAGAGCCGUCACAGACAUUAAAAGCACAUCGAGCACCGACAGCUCUUCGAGCUGCGCAAAUGAAUUCAACGAGGCCGGGCGGACACCAGUGGCAGAGGCAAAAGUAAGACAUCUGCAGGUUCCUUGCUCUCUGGAUCUCUGCCAGCCCGGCCCUUCGGAUGAGGAUGGCCAAGGUGGCCUGUUCCAGUUUGUCCCCUACAGUCCGGAAAGUGGUGCAUGCUCACCAAUGGACGGUGCCCAAAAUUUUGACUUGGCCGUGGAAAGUAUCAGGAGCUCUCUGCAAGUCAACAACCCUGAGAGGAUGAAGAGUCUUAAAGUCAACUUCAGUGAUCCUCUCAAAGAGGCUCCCCCCACGCCACCCAGCACCUCCAGCCCACUGACAACGGAUGCCACACCCUCAUCCCCUGAGCACAUUGGCACCAUUCUGUUGGCAGUAGAUUGCCCCCAAGAGGAGCAGGAUCUUCAGGAAAUGCCACCUCAUUCUCCCGAUGGCGACACUUCAGAAAGUGAAGAAAGAUCCCGGAUUCCAGAGGGUCUGGCCCAAGCAGAGGAAGAGGAGGAGCAAGAGGAGCAGAACACGUCCAAUGAAAAUCACAAGGAGAAGAACCACAUGGAAGAGGCCGGGGCUGCUGUUGGCCCGUCUUCCCCAAAGCCCUCCUCACAGAACUGCACCCAGGGGGAAGGGAAGUCCGACAGUAACCAAAGUGGACACAAAGUGGAAAACCACAUGUUUACACCAGAGAUCCAUAUAAGACCAGGGGAUGGCAGCUUGUCCCCCACAUGUGAAACCAGCAUGUGACUCUGGAGUACGAUGGUGUAAAUUGUGGACCUGCUGAAAGCCUUGGCAUCUUGGAAAAAUGGUGCACUGAUGUAGAGAGAGAUAUUUUUGCAUGGCAUGAUAAGUCCCUUUUGAUUUCAUCACUGUUUAUUGAGAAAAAAGCAAGACUGCUGACUAUGCAGAUGGGUGACAUGAAAACAGGUUCAGAGACAGCUCAGCUAAGAGCACAUAUAUACAUAUAUAAAUAUAUAUCACACAAUGAAGACAUUUUUAACAAAACUGUACAGUUCUACCUUUUUUAGCUACUGUAAGAAAUGCACAACGAGGGACAACUCUUUUAAAAAGCAUGCAUUUAAAAAUGUAAUUCUAAGGUGCUUAGUUGGCUGAAAGCGUUUCACUGUAAAUAUGAUUACAGCAAAGGUAAUGACAACACAGAAUGACAAAAGGAAUAAGACUGAAUUAGGGGAGAGGUUUUUGCAAGAAACUGCAGUGUUGCAAGGUAGCAACCUAUGAAAACAUAUCAUUACUCUCUGUGGAAAUGCAAUUUGUCCCUUGAAUAUGAUAUAAUGAUUUUGUUGAUUUUAAUAUUUAUGUAUGAACUGUAACAUAUUAUCUUUGGUUUGCAUUAUAACUGGUUAGGCUUUCGAAGUGGUUCGUCAUAAAACAGACUUAAUGACCAGAAAUGUAUGUUUUCAUGAAGAAUAUUGACACUCUUACUCCACUACCCAAAUUCUAGUAUACCGUUACCAAACGGAAUAAAUUAAGAUCACAUAUCACAUAUAUACAGUUUUAUUACAUAAAACGAUUUAAAUAUAGUUGUGUUGGGGGUACAAUGAAAAAUCCACCCGUGUUUUGUAAUAGAGGCAAUCCGUUCAGGAAACCACACGCUAGAUCCAAUUAUAAGGGUCUUUACUACUGCAGAAAGAGUAUGCCUGCUGUCUGAGUCAACACUGAACUAAAGAAGCAUUAUUUACAGCCAUCCUUUAUAUCUUCCCAGAGAGGCUGUGCAAGUGUGUGUGUUUCAGUACCAAGGACACCCACCUCAUUAGGUAGAAAAGUCAAACUUAGUUUCCCAAUGUCCAGCUACAUACUCCCUUUUCGCUUUGAGGAUAAGCCGAGGCCUGAGAUAUAUUGGCAUUUCGUUCUGCUCAGCCAGACCUUACUGGAUGGAAAAUUACAAACGAGGUUGAAUAGGGCAGAAUGUAUCAUGGUAUACCACCUGUAAAAUAGCAUGCAAUAAUAUUAAUAUGGAUAAAACACGUUAACCCUACAGGUGCAAAAGGUGUGGAAUGCUGUUGUGGUCAAGGUCAGAAGCCUUUGAAAACAUGCUUCCAUUUUCUAAAAAAAAUGUCAUGAGAAAUGUAUUAAUUUCUAUAAACGCACAGAUAUCAGAUGUGUAUUAUUUCUUACAGUUAUAUUAAUCACAGACACGAAUAUGUAAACUAGAAAUAUAGAAGCUUGCAAGUAGAGCUGUGAAAUUCCAGUACAGAUGAAUCUACUGGUUAGUCAAAUGAGUCUGGUCAUUAAAUCUUACACAUGAUUCAUCCUGUUGACUACUCAAUGUUAUACUGUAUCACAUAGAAUGAUUACAUACUUUGUAAUGGCAGAGGACCAAAAGAAGCACAUCAUCAUGCUCUUAUCUACAUGCAUUCAUCUGAAAAGCAUAACUGUUCAAGCACAUUGAUAUCAUUGUAUAAAUGGCAUGAGUGUCUAGCUUUUAUUUUAUUCUCAGAUCGCAAUGGCAACAUACCUGCUGCUCUUAGAUAUAAACAUCAAAUUAGCUGUUUGUGAUGUAGCUGCAAUUCAAUUUUGUCCUAUCCUGCUGGGUUUUCUUUGUUUUUGUUUGUUUGUUUGUUUGUUUUUUGUAUUGAUUUUUUGUCUUGGAAUGUAAAUUAUAGGGUUAUUCUGUGGACUAAACCAAUUUUUGAACUUAAACCCAAAGUUUUACUUUGUAGCUCUUUUGAAAAUAUCUUGUUUUAUGUUGCCUUUUCUUCCAAAACUGCUGGAAAAUACAUCUUGCUUUGGCACGACACUUGGCAGAGUGUUAAAACACUGUGUUGUGUUCAAGAAAGCCGCAAAAUCCUGACUAAGACUGAUAUGAAGAGGAUUCUUUUUCUAUUCUUUCUCCCAGUUGUACUGAAGUGGAAAGUGCAAUACAGUAUGCUGCAAUCUAUGCAGGCCAAAAACCGUGGCACUUUAAUUACAGUCCAAUGGAUUUGUAAGUGUAUAGGUAUGAACAACACAUGUAUUUUUCUGAAUAUUUAUCUUUAAUAUUAUAUGAACUAACAGUGUUACCCCCUCCUUCCCACAAUGAAUAUAUUUAUUAAAUCAUUUUACUGUUAAAUACUGUGUGGCAACCAUUACGUCGCUCAGAUAUCAGAUAUCAGAUAUCAGAAGACCUCAAGUCUGGUUUUUGUUUAGGAAUCUAAUAAGACUGUGAGGAGCUUUUAUAAUCCUCAAAAAUCAAAUACUUCAUCACUUAAUAUAAUGCCACACAUAAAUAUUAAGUAUUUUACUUUUUGUGAAUUAACUAAUACUAAGAAUGAUUCUAUUUUUUCUAAACCAAAAUCAAGCACGACCACAAUUUCCUGCCAUAUGGUGGCUGAAAUUAUGCGUGCCUUUUCAUAAAUAGGUAUUUAUGAGGAGGCGGAGUCAUUUGGCUUUGUUCAUAUAGCACUGUACAGAAAAUUUUAAUUUUUUAUAGGACGAAAUCAGGACUUUAGGUAAUAGAUACAAGUAAUAUUGUUGAGUUCUCAGGUUUUGUAUAACUCACAGAAGUUCAAAUGAUAUGAUUUCCUUUUUGGUUUACAGGCAAUGUCGACAAGCUCAUGUUUUUUUUCUCUGUCAGCGAUAUACUAGCACCAUGGCGAUAUCUGGGUGGUGGAGGUACAGUGUAACUCCUGGAUAUUGCACCCCUCCUUUACCCUGACAGGCAAAUAAGUUAUUUUUUUCUGCGAGGGAGACAGGCAUGUGGGCCCUUUGGGUUUGAGUGGGAACUGAGAAAGUUCAGUCAUGGCCGAAGGGUGAAUCUGACUUACAGGCAGAGCGGUGAGCCAGCUGUCUUUUUUCCACUUUGACUGGGCAUGUCCACGUGAGCCGGGCCAUUAGGGAGCGUGAGGCAGUGUGGAAUGUGUGAUUUUGAUUUGUGGAGGGCUGCUCUGUAAAUGGACUUGAUGGCUUUCACAUCCUUUCUCUCUCUCUACGCCACAUACGACUAUGGCAGUCAAUAUGUGGUCUGAAGGCACAAAAACCUUAACUGGUAAUAAAUCACAUGAUAUGCUGAUAAGCUUACCACCCCCCAUGAAUGAUAAAAUCCCUGCCAGGUGUAGUGUUUUUUCAUUAAAAGUUCAACCCCAGUCAACAUCCGAACCAUAUACGUCCAACUCAUUGCAUUUCUUUUCUUUUGUUUUGAGCACCAGUUUUCCUGUCAGACAAUGAAAAUUCCCUGAAAAGUCAAUGUUUCACUCUGCUGAGCAUUACACAAGAAGAUGAAAAGGUUAUCGCUAGUUUAGGUUCAAAGGGUUGGCUUUUUGACAUUUGUUAGCAUCAGAGAAUGAGAUUUUCAAAUGACAGUGGUGGAGGGUUUUUUAAAUCUGUUCUUUUACAUGGAAUUGUCUCUCAUGUGCUCUAAAUGUUUAAUAUCUGCUGUUUUAUUCAGUUUCUGCUUAUCUCUACAUCACUGGGAUACAGAGUGCACUGAUGAAUGGUAUUGUUUCUUAUGGUUGUUUUUUUUUGUUAAAUGGUUGUUGAAAUGAUCUCUGUGAGUUCACUGCAACGGGACUGUGCAGCAAGCUCUUAUCUCACAGGGUUAUUGGAAGCCAUUUGUUACGCCCUAAAUCAUUAUUAAGUUAUGCUUGUUUGAUUUUUUUUAAAACAUUCUCACUUCACCAUGUUGGUGUCAUCCAAGAAUCAGUCAGCGUACACUCAGCCCUCCAAUGAAUACUUGCGGACAAUAUGCUAUGUGUUCCCCGUCCUGCCUUUUUUUGUCUCAUUUUGCUUUUGUUUUUCAGUCUGAAUGAUUUUUUAUCAUAUAACUGGGUAUCCAUAAAAACUUCUGAGCUGCAGACUGUUUAUGUACAAAUCAGCAUCUUUUUAUGCAUGUAGUAGUCUGUGCGAUUAUGUGACCACAGAAGACUUUGUUAUGGUACAUGUAUGUCAACAUUUCUGUAAAGAUAAGCGGCAUUGUUCUCCAUUAAGUCUAUUAGCAUAUAUGCAGGAUAACAAAUAAAUGUGUAUAUAUCUGAA